UGGUCAGGCAUGACAGUGCCAUUCUGCCCUCUGCUGGUUAACAUUAUGUACUGCACAGUCCAGUUCCUGGUUGAUGGGGAUAACACGCUUUCGGCGACACUUGGCUCACCACGCAACAUCAACUUUUGAAAGCAUGGAAUUAGUAGGUUCUUAGUUUGCCGAAGAGACAUUAAGCGAAAAUAACGUUGAAACUCAAGUGUGUCGGUUGUAGGUUUUGCCCAAAGCAUGACUCUGUAGACUCUCCUGCAGGUUUGCUCACAGUAGGCUUGCCAGCUUGCAACCGCCAGCUAAGCUAGCUAACUUGCUAGCUAGCUACAUUGCAGUCCAAAAUGACUGACUGCUGCGCCGCAGCGAACUGUGAUUACCAGCAAGGGGAAUCCGAAAACUCCACUCCACUUUUCAGCUUUCCUUUGGAUCCGGAGCGCUGCAAACAAUGGUUGAACAACUGCUGUCGCCAAGACUUGGCAUCAGAACCUCCUGAGCAGUUGCAUAAGCUGUACAGACUUUGUGCAAAGCACUUUGAGCCCUCUAUGAUUUCUCACCAGAGCGCCUCCAGUAGUGUCUUACAGGAAGAUGCUGUUCCGACGAUAUUUGACUUUACAAAGCCUGUGAAUAAUCAAUCAACCUGCAACAGGAAACGAGCUAGAGAUCCUUUGGAAGAGGAACCUACUUCUGUGAAGAAAACAAAAGAAAACACAACAACAAUAGCAGAAGUGACUGAGGACACAAGAGAAGCAUUUGGAGAGAAUAGUGCAACGCCUGAACUGCAAAAAGAUAACCAAACCCAAGAGGAUGUAGCCAGCUCCAAAGCAAAAGAGACUCUGAAAGUCUAUUUCAAGGAAAUCCUGGCACUGACUGGAUUCAGCAUCAAUGGUGCAAACAUCAACGCCGAUGAGCCGAUUGGAGGUGCAAGAGGUCAACAGGCCCUCAAUCGUAUCUGUGUGGAGAAAAUUGACAAGAAAGAAAUCCUCCAGUUCAGCGAAGACCUCAUGCGGGAGGAGAUCCAAAACAGCCUCCGACUGGCACGAUUCUUCUCCAUUCUGCUUCAGGAUGUGACAAGCAUAGAGGGAAAGGAGCAGAUCCCAGUUUUCAUCAGGUCUGUCACAGUAGAUGGGUUCCCACAAAAGCACCUCAUUGGGUUCUUACCAUGCGACAUGGAUGCAGAGAAUCUAUUUUACAUGCUUCUCUCAGAGUUGAGAAACAAGUGGGGGCUAAGGAUGGAGCACUGCAGAGGACUGACUUAUCUGGUUACAGGUAGUAUGUGUCAGAAAAUGCGAGACCUUACCUGCAGAAUUCUGCAGGAGUUUCCACAAGUAGUUCUUUCACCGAGUGACCCAUAUGCCUUCAACAUAUGGAUUAUUCGCUGCAUGCCUGUGCCCUCCAUUCAAAAUGUUGCAGACACUGUAGAGGAGGUGGCCUCGUUACUCAGGAGAACACCAGAGCUGUGCAAAAGUUUGGAGGGAAAGAUCCAGAUGACAUACGGGCAUGUAAAAGGGGAAGUGGACAGGAUCAAGGCAGCUGUCGGUGAGAAUUGGGAAUAUGGCACAGAUGCCUUCCAGACCAUGUUAGAUAUUCUGGAGCCAUUCCUGAACUGCAUCAAUGAGAUGAUUUCAAAGGUAGAUGAAGAUACUGCUGAACAGAUGGCCAAGCUCAAGCCAGUUUUGAAGAAUUUCAAUUUCAUCAUCACACUUGUUGUUCUGAAGAACACCCUCUGUUGUGUGAGCAUACUCAACUCGAGUCUCAGGGGAAUAAUUAGCAUCAGCAGUACCUUGCAGUACACAAUUUCCAAUGCCUUAAAGCUGGUAAGCAAAUACCAACAGGAGCUUGCAAUAUUCCACAGGAAAUGGUUUUCAGAUGCAGUUGGCAGAGCAAAGAAGCUGGGAGUGGAGGUCACUAAACCAGAGAUGGACCAAGGAGACACAACAGAAACGCCACUGGAGGACUUUUACAGAGAAACUCUGAGCCGGCCUAUCCUGCAGUAUCUUGUUGCAGAGGUGAAAAGAGUGUUCAGCACAGAGAUGGUGAGGAUUCUCCGAUGGCUCUCCUUAGUGCCAUCUUACAUGGCUGACCACAAUUUCAGCAUCCGCAGGGAUAAAGUAGCAGACGCCAACUUGAACAACCUUGCAAGGCCUGACACAUUCUACGAAGAGCUUGGUUGUUGGGAAGUGAAGUGGAGGCAUGCUAGCAAGCGCAGGAUCCUCCCAACCACAGUGUUUGCUACACUCAAGAUUCCAGAUAUUGGGUUUUACCCGAAUGUGCAGAGCUUGCUGAGAGUGUUGGGCACUGUUCCAUGUGUAAAUGCAGAGGCAGAUGUGUAUGGCCAAUACCAUAUGGUACUGGAGCGGUGCCACUCGUACCUGAGAGCCACACCAGCGGACCGAAGACAAUGCAGCAUGGCAUAUGUCUACGUGAACCAAGAUGUGCACUUCAAUGUUGAACAAAUGGUCGAGUCAUAUGCCCAGAAGCAUCCAGACAUCCUGCAGUUGCUGCAAAUAGAUGAUGACACAAAGGAGAAGCCUCCCCAAGUGGCAUCCCAUGGGAACCAUGCUGAAAAGGACACUGAAGAAGAAUUACAACUCAUAAACCUAGAGAUGGAUGCUGAAAGGCUUGUGGAGAUGAAGUGUGCGGAGACUGAUAGAGAAGCUCUUAAAUCUGCUUUGCAGGCUGCAGUGACGGCUGCAUACAGCAGUCAAAGCAGGCAACAUGGUGACGCUUCUGCUCAGGACGGUGAGGUUGAGUAUGUGACCAAGUCUGAAAUGAAAGAAGUUCUCACUGUGUGCGAGAAUGCCGUCAGGGAGGGAAUACUCAUGGAAGUGGGGAGUUCAUUCUUUUCCUUGUUCAUCGACCGUGUUGUGAAGAUGGGGGAGAAAGACUGUCUUCCACUUUUCCUUAGGUUCGUGGACAGUUUUGAUGUCAUGCGAUUAGAGUUGAUGGGCUUCCUUGAGGCAGAUCUUGAUUGUGAUGCCAUGGUACAGCGUCUCCUGGAAAUAGUAACAGUUGAGUGGCAUCUUGAUUUGAAUAACUGCAGAGGUCAAGCAUACCUAGGCUCUGGUGACGUUUCCUACAAGCUGAAAGCCUUUGCCUGCAAAGUCCAGGAGAAGUAUCCUCUUGCUAUAAGCACACACUGCUCUUCCUACUCUUUCAACACAUGGUGGUCAAAAUCCAUCCCAGUGCCUGCUGUUAAGAGAGCCCUGGAUACAUUUGAAGAGGUUUUGAUGUUUUAUGGCAGCAGUGCCACAUUACAAAAACAGCUAGACCAUGUAAUAGCCUUUGGUCUUAGAGAGAGCUAUGAAAAGGUCCAAGAGUUACAGGGGAAGUUCUGUGCCCUUUGGCAAGAGAAGCAUGAUUCUUAUGAGGUGUUUGUGCAGAUGCUGGAGCCCCUGGUUGAAUGUCUGGAGAAAAUCAAAAACAACCCACAGAGGUGGAAAGCCUCAGUGUCUGAUCAAGCUGGGGCACUCCUCUGCAAGGUAAUGGAAUUUGAUUUCAUCAUUGCUAUGGUGGUCUUGAAGAAUGCAUCCUCUUUUACCAGAGAGCUGAGUGCAGGUCUCCAGAAGGACCACUUCAGUGCUGCUUCCCAACUUUGCCAAAUCAGUGGUAUUGUGGCCACUCUGAACCGAGUAAAAACAAAUAUGAAGGUGUUUCACCAGAACUGGUUUGAUGAGGCCUGUGCAAUAGCACAGAGUCUAAGAGUGCAGAUUGAAGUGCCUGAAAACUCUUUGCCAAGAGACGGCAUGAUGAAGCCAGUCGGUUUUUACAAAGAUGGCUUAAGUGUGCCCCUAGUAGAUAACCUAAUCAAUGCCGUGAAGGAUCAUUUUUCAGAGGACCACAAAGAAGCUCUCAACUUCCUCUCCCUAGUUCCAUGCUCAGUCACAGUGAGUUACAUGUUUGAGAGCUUGAAGUCAAAGCCUCCUCUCUACAGCAGGGAUCUUCCCGAUGCUGACAACUUCUUCACAGAGCUGUGCUGUUGGAGAGUAACAUGGAAGACCAAAGUUGCAUCCGUGACCAUCCCAGGCUCAAUAUUUCACACAUUGCGUCUGCCACUCAUGCAGUACUUUGGGAACAUCAAUGCACUGCUGAGGAUUAUGUCUGUGCUACCCAGCACAGCACUGGAGGACUGUGGUGUUGUGAUGCGCCACAAGAAGUUCCAAGAGUACCUGAGAAAUACAAAUCCUAAAGACAGGUCCCCAUGCUUGGCUAUGCUGCAGGUUGGCACCGACUUCAGCAGAGACCUGGACCGCAUGGUGACCCAGUGUUUGAAGGUUACUCCGCAAGCCUUGGAGGGUAUCUGUCUGGACAAGGAAUCCAAAAGUUUCAUCAGGAACUCUGAAAAUAAUAUGGAAGUUGAUUGUUUCAAAGAGGAAGCUGAAGAGCCUAAAAUUCAGCAAUCUCCUGACAAGACUGAGGACCAAGAGAUGAAACCAGCAGAUGAGAAUGGGCACGCAGGAGAUAAUCGUCAAAGUUUGGCGACGGUAUUCAGAAUGGCCGCACUGCUGGGGAAAAAGAAUAGCAGUCUCUCCGACCUCUCAGAAGAGGACCGAGAGCUUUUCAUCCAGGAGCUCAGCAUGUGCCACUGGUUUGGAAUUGAGAGCAAAUGCACACCGUGUAUAGGUGAUGAUGAAAUGGUGAACCUCCUCAUAAAUGGAAUCAGAGAUGUCAUACUCAAGGAAAUACAGGAAUCGCCGUUCUUCUCACUUAUCACAGACAAACCUGUGAAAAUUGCUGACAAGACCCACCUGCCUGUUUUUGUCAGGUUUGUUGGAGAAUCUGCUCCAAAAGUAGAGCUCAUGGGUUUCUUACCAUUUGAUGAAAACUGUCAUGUUGAUACACAAGCGAAUAAUCUCGCAAAGAUUCUCACUGAAGACUGGGGCUUACCAAUGUCUCAGUGUCGUGGACAAGCAUUCAUGCACUUGGGCUCAGGUUAUCAAAGUCUGAAGAAAAUGUCUUUGGAUUUCCUCAAGAGCUAUCCUCUCUCUGUUGUAACACCCAGUGAGUCUUGCGGCCUUGCCCAUUGGCUGGCAGGAAGUGUGCCUUGCCCUUCAGUAGCAAAAAUGUUGGAUAUCACAGAAGACCUGCUGCUGUUCUUUGAUGAAUCUCCUUGUCUGGAGGGACAGCUAGAACAGGCCGUUGAUGGGCUUUUGAAUAUGCCAAGAGAGGCCCUGGAGGAAAUACCAGAAACAUGUUGCUCGAGGUGGAAAAAGAGAGAGGACUUCUUUGACAUACUCGCUGACACAUUAGAGGGCAUCCUCAGCUGCCUAGAUGCUGUUAGCUCUAGUGCCAUAGGUGCCAAGUCAAUGCAUGCACAAGUUCUCUCUACCGCUCUGAGAAAUAUGGAUUUCAUUGUCACCCUUGUGAUUCUGAAGAAUGCUUGUGCUCCUCUUCGUAACUGUAGCACUGUCUUCCGAUGUGGAAACCCUGCUGAUAUUCUCUGUGAAGUGGAAAAAAUCCCCUCGAUCAUAGAGACUCUUAAAAAAAUGUUAGAAAAUGUGACCACUGUGCACUCCACUUGGUUUGAGCAGGCAUUCCAGCUAGCAACCAAGGUAGCUCCUGAACAAGUGUGCUUCUCAGAGGAAGCCAACAGCUAUGAAUCUCCUGAGAUAUAUUACAGAGAGAAUCUGAGUGUUCCUCUCCUUAGAAGUCUCAUUGAUGAAAUGAAGUACAGCUUCUCAGACAGUCACUUAAAGGCCCUGCCAGUCCUGUCGUUGCUGCCCUCCUGCAAUCCGCAGCACAUUCUGUCGGAGUCCACAGACAAGCCAUUCAGCCUCUACCUUACAGAUCUUCCUGAGCCUGAAGCUGCUGAGCAGGAAAUCAGCGCCUGGGCCUCUGUCUGGAGAGAGAAAUACCAGGAUGUUGCUCCUCCAACAUCCAUCGCUGAAACACUUGUCCAUCCUGAGUCAAAGAGCCACCCAACUGUUACCUUACUGCUUAGGCUAGUAGCUGUCCUGCCUAGUGUCAGUAUGGAGUGUGACCUGAUGAAGACCACUCUGAAUUCCAUAAGGGAUCUUUUAAAAAACACUGUAUGCAAGGGCAGCAGAAUGCAUCAUGUGAUGCUCCUCUCUCACUGCACAACACUGCAGAGACUGCCGGAGGUCAUUGAGAAGUGUAUGGAGGUUGAUCCAGAGAGUAGUCCAUGUCUUUCCCAGGUGAUGGGAACUUUACAAAGACUAAAGUUGGACAGUGGAGGCGUUGAAACAAAACCAGCAGCACCAACAGAAUCGCAAGCCUCCAGUGUAGCAGAGAAGCCUGCUGAUGUUGAGGUGAAAUCAGCUGAUAAUGAAGUGAUACUGGAGAUCGCUCAAGGACCAAGAAAAGCAGUAUCUUUCUAUGAGCCACAACUGCGUGAACAAAUCCUCAAGGAACUCUGGGACUCUCAGUUCUUCACAGUUAUCACUGAGCAAGCUGUUGAAAUUGACGGUGAGCUCUAUGUGCCAUUGUGCAUCAGGUACUUAAACAAAGAGGACAUCCAGUGUGAGGAAACAUUGGCUUUCAUCCCUUUCGGUGAAGACCCAGUUGUCCUUGCAGAUGCUAUUGAGACUGCCCUGUCUGAGAAGUGGGGGCUCAACAUGGAGUACUGUAGAGGACAGGCCUUGCUAAGUGUUGGUGAAGUAGGAGCUCAGAUGAGGGCUGUAAGUUUAGUUAUAGCUAAGAAAUACCCCCAGGCUGUAAGAACUGUCAGUUCUGCUUCCUCUCUUAAUGUAUGGCUGGCUAGAUCCUCUCCUGCUGAAGAAGCAGCGGAUGGAGCAGUUCUCAUUGGUAAAAUAUUACAUUGGCUCACAGAGGAUGCAGAACGCCAGAACAAACUGGAAGACAUGAUCAUUCACGUGUUCCAGCACGAUGAAGGAAAGGGCAACGAGCUGAGGGACAAACUCAUCAAAAACUGGGAGAAGAGUCAUGACAUGCACGAGGUGAUGGUAGAGAUUUUAGAAGCUGUCAUGCUCUGCUUGAAUGAGCUGAAAGGGGAGGGAAGUACUUCAAACCAGCAGCAAGCAUCACAGUUCUUCGAUGCGAUCAGAAACUUUGAGUUCAUCCUAUCAACAGUGGUGCAGAAGAACAUCUUGAGUGUAACUAAAAAGCUAAGUCAGUCUCUUCAGGGUAAACCCUUAGAUAUGUUACUUGCUGUGAAUAACUUGCCUGAUCUCAAAGCAUCCCUCAGUAAACUGAAGAGCGAUUUUGACAGCCAUCACAAGGCCUGGUUUGAGGAAGCCGUUGCACUGGCUUCUAAUCUCCAUGUAACAAUGUUGCAUUCAGUGCUUCUAGAGCCAUUGAGUGAGUUUUACAAAGAAUCAGUAAGCAUGAAGGUUGUAGAGCACUCAAUAGCAGAAAUCGACGACCUCUUCACAGAAAAGGUAUUGGAUACCUUGAGGUGUCUGGAGAUUGUGCCUUACGCAAUGUCCAAAGUAGAAACCAGCAUUCUUAGUGGUCUUGUGUUCCGCCUGUACAAGGAGGACUUGCCAGAUCAGGUCUCUCUUCACUCUGAGAUGAAGUUGUGGAAGGAGAAAUGGUUGGAUCCCCUGGCAGGGUAUCUCCCAACUACUGUGCUCGAUACGCUCAAGACCUCACAGAUAAGAAGUUUUAGUAACAUUGAAACUCUCCUCAGACUCCAGGUCAUCUUGCCAUUUUCAAGGAGGGAGAGCAACUUCAGGCAGGGAAAAAGAAGCUUACUGGAGUUCAUACAGCAGGAAAAGCGAUCCCUCACUGAGCUACAUCCUCUGUAGGAGUUGCAGGUCUUCCGUUGCGGCUAGCAAAUUUGAGCAAUGCGUUUGAGAUGUCACCACCACCAUAUUUAAGAACUAAUGUGUCUCAGCCCUAAUUGAGGUCCCAAGUUCUAAACUCAAUAUUUCUGUGUACAUUAUUGAUCUAAAUUCUUUGAGAUGUCCUUUUGUUAUCCUGCAAACCAAGCCCUAUGUUAUUAUUUUAAAUUCUGUAGUUUGUACAGUUGUACUGCCCAAUGGGACCAAUGUCUUGACAAAAAAAAAGCAAUGCUCCACAGAUGGUUAUCAAUGCUUGUGUGCCUUGAUGCAAAAUUAAUAAUUCACCCCAUGUAUCAUGAUAAUACAGAUGUUGAAAAAUGUUGACUGACUUCUGUAGCACUGUCAUGAAUUCAUUAUAAUUAUUAAAUUGCACUCUUACCUUUCCUGGGCACAAAUAGAAAUGGUUAGUUCCAUCAUGUCUUCUGAUGAUUUCCCCAUGUUUCCUGUCUCUUUGCAGGAAUGAAUUUGCUGUAAACGUAUCUUUGAAAGAAUGUUUCCUUAAGAGGAAAACCUUCAUAUAUAUUUGUCAAAAAAGUAAUAAAAUGCUCCAAAAAGA